GCACAACAUACAGCUUAGGCUGAGGCUGCCUACUUACACAAUUACGCACAAACCAGUGCCUUGCCGAGUCAACAUCAGCCGAUGAAGCCGGGGCAGUAAUGCCUUCUUGUGCUUAUGCCAUUAAGCGCUUUCUCCUAUGCAGGGACGACCAGAAUUUUACCAGAUAUGCAGACUCGCUCGACUUGCCCGAGCGCAGGCUUCAGCCCGCAACGGCCACGGCGGGAUGCCAGGAGGUGACAUGGCCCAGCGCGGUGCUGCCGUGUCUUGGACAAGGUGCAUCGAAGGGUGUGAACGUAUUGAACCGAAAUGCGUUUUCUGAAGUGGAAAGCUGGUGCCAAGACUGCGACGCGCUUGUCAAGCAUUUUGGCAGUUCGACAGCAAGCCUCUGCGUGCUAUCCGAGGACGGGCAAUCAUCCGUGGUGGUAGCCGCGGGGGGCCCAAACGGCCUAACCAAGUACCCAGUUGGCACGGUGUAUCCUACUGCUGCUGCCGCCGCUUGCUCAGCGCGCCGUACUACCAUUGAGUCCGGUUCCCUGUGCCUUCUUCUUUGUCAAAAGACCGUCAUCAGUAGCAGCUGUCUUGCAGCGGAGCUCCGACUUGCGAAGCCACAGCAGCGGGAGCAGCAGCAGCAGCAGGAGGAGGAUGGAGGACUGGCUGCUGGCGGUGCCUCAUGUGCAUUGUACGGCUCGCACUUUAGGCGCGCCCCUAACGAUUCCCGCUUCCUGGUGACUCCACUAUGGUUUGCGGGCUCGGUGAUUGGGGCCCUGGUGAUUGAUUGGCAUGCAGCAGAGCCUUCGGAAGCUCCUGCUGCUGGCGGCGGCGGCAGUCCGGGGGGCUGUGGAGGACGCGGCCAAGCGGCCUGCUGUCAGCUACGCAUGACGCCGUUGGAUGCAGCAGCAGAGGCAGUUGACGAGGGCCGUUGCGGGGACUGCGUGAAGAGGAGUAAGCCGGCGGCUGGCCCUGCUGUAGGACCCGGAAUUGACGGCACCAGGGGUUUUGGGUCUGCAGCAGCAGCGAUGGAGGAGGCUCGGGCGCAGGCGGAGGCUACGGCGGUGGGGCAUUUGGUUUCCGCUCGCCUUUUUCCUGACGAGCUGCACGUGCAGAUGCUUCGCCAGGUCUGUGGUCUUGCAACGUCUCUGGGGUCGCACAGUGAUGCUGGCGACGCGCUUUGUAGCAUCAGCAGCUGUGCCGAGGUUCUGCUAGCCCAGCGACACCAGCUCCCAUGCAACCAGCUAUUCUGUUUGGCAGCGGUGCUGCCAAAAGCGCUGGGAGCAUGUGCAGCUGCGGCGGGUGCAGCUGGCAGCGCAGGUACAGGGAGCGCAGGUGCUUACGCCCGAACCGCAGUGACUGCGGAUGAAGCGCUGCCUGUGGGUCUCCCGCCAGCAGCAGACCCCACGGGCAACGAUGGUCUGCAUGGAGUGUUUUGCAGCGAUACGCGCACACAUGCAGCCGUGGCCAUUGUAGCCACACCAAAGGCUCCUACAGUGGCACGGGCGGCCUGUGCCGUCAACACAAGAAGCAUGUUUAGUAAUGAGGACUGUCGGCAACAUUACAACGCGUUGCAACCCUUGGCCUUAAACCUGACCUUGAUCGGCCGCGCCGCCGCCGCUGCUGGGAUCUCCUCUGCUGGUGAGGCGCACAUGACGACCCAUGGGUCAUUACCUGCAGUAUUGAGCUCUACUGCUCGUACAGGGCCCGGAAUCAGCAUCGUCACCGACCUGAAAGAAGACAUCCUGGAUGAGAACAGGCAUGCUCUGGACGUGAUCCUAGCACAGCAGGCUGCAGGUCGGCGCUUACACUCCGCCGCUGCAGUCUGUGCGGGUAAUGACCCCCCUGCUGCUAGACCUUCAAUCGAAAAUGAGGAUGCUAGUGGUUUGGCGGGUGCGGAGAAGGAGAAAUGGAGGGCCGGGCCGAAGUACGGCUCCCAACAAGCGAGGUGGAAGGCGGCUGAGGGCGGGGGUGGCGGUCCUCGCCUGGCCUUGCUGGUCUGCAGUAGCAUGCCGCUCCCCGAGUCUUUCCUGCGGAUGCUGGCUCGAGAUGCUGCCACCAUUGUGCAGCUGUGUGACGCGCCUCUUAGGACCUUGCUGACCCAUGGGCCAGCAACGGGCUCCUGGGCACAGCUCUUGGCACACGGUGGCUCCCAGCAUCAAGCCGGCCUCCCGGCACUGCCGAUGGCAGCAGCACCUCAGAAAUCUGCGGUUCGUGAGUCGCGUGGCGUUCUCGACCUGCUAACAGACUCGCGCGGCAACAUCCCAACAAAAGCUCUGUACGACACGGACAGCAGUUCCCGCAGCGAGCCACGCACAGGCUGGGAUGAGUUCGACGUCACAGACCGCGCAGCCGGAGACAGCAUGAUGGACACUUUCCCAGCAGCCAUGUUCUACAACACAGCGUCGGCGGCCAGCACAGGCAAUCACGCCGCUGCUACUGCCCUGGCUGCUGCUCUUUUCCCGUCGCCACUGCAGGCGCUCACUGAGACCUUCAGCAGCAGCAUCUUCAACCAUGUUGUCAAUGACCGACUGGACAGUUGCGGCGGUGGCGGCCCAGACGCUUACGACGAACUGUCGGCUCUGCGGUUGCUUGAGUGCGUGGGCCGAGGCGGCCAGGGUGUGGUGUAUCGCGGAUGGUUACACCAGCUGGAGGUCGCUGUGAAGGUGUGCAAGUACCAGGACCCCUACGUCGCCGCUUCUCCAUUACUUUGGAGUCAGCCUGGGGCCGCCGCCAGUGCCGCUGGCAGGCUCAUCUCCACUGCUGCCGCCGCCAGGGCGCAUGCUGACGCGCCCCCCUGCUCCAUUGCCUCUCGUGCGGCUGCUGCCUCCCAUGCCGCCGCCGGCGCUAAGAUGAUCGGAGCCGGCGGGGGAGACGAGGAGUGCAUGCGGCGCGGCAAGCGCGACAUGCUUCGCACCGCGGCGGAGCUGGCAGUCGCAUGCAGCCUCCCAGGCCACCCCAACCUUGUGCAGCUUUAUACCUACUUCACAGAAGUGCAGCUGGUCCUACCUGGCACUGCUGCCAGCACAAGCGCUGGAGUGAGGGGCGCUAGCGGCAGCACGGACCGGCCGUACCUGCUGCGCAGCUGGCAGGCACUGGCGCUUGAGCAACAGUACUGCCAUCAACAACAACAGCAGCAGCAGCAACCACGACAGCCGAAGCACGACCAGCAGCAGCAGCAGCGGGAGUUGGUGCUGGUGAUGGAAUACUGCGACGCGCGGGACUUGCGAGUCGCUGCGGAGACAGGCCAGCUGCUGCUGUGGCCACACAGUCAUGCGGGUCGUAGAGUUCUUAAUCUGCAGGCCAUCUACAUGACGCUCAUGGAAGUGGCUCUUGCGCUGCGUCACCUGCACCGACAUGGCCUGGUGCACUGCGACGUGAAGCCAGGCAACGUGCUGCUCCGUAGCAACUCCCGCGACCCGCGCGGUUGGACCUGCAAGCUGAGUGACUUUGGCUGCGUGCGGCUGUUGAACGAGUCGGACGGCCAGGGGCGGCCUGGGUUCCGAAUGUCAGCGCUGGUGGGCUCCUACACGCACAUGGCUCCGGAGAUGUUCACGCGAGGCCAGCUUCUGGACUCCAGCGUGGAUGUAUACGCGGUGGGCAUCAUCAUGUGGGAGCUAGCGUCCUUGGCGCCGCUGUUCCCGGGCAGCGCCCCGGAGGCGGUCGUUGCGCUGGUCCGCGGAGGGGUGCGGCCGCAGUUCGGAGACAACGUGCCGCCCGAGUACAUCUCCCUGGCGGCCAUGUGCUGGGCUGCCGACCCACGGGUCAGACCUUCAGCAGCCGAGCUCGUUCAACUGCUACAGCAGCUCUUGGAUAAGCUUGCUCCGACUGCACCCGCUGCGGCUGCGGCGUUCCAGCAGAACUCUCCGUCACCUCCUCACCUGCAUACGCCCGCUCGUGUGCCGCUGCCCGUGCCCUUCAUUACUGUUCAGCAGCAGAAGCAGCAACAACACUACCUCCAACAGCAGCAUAUCCAGCAUCAGCAUCAGCGGCAGCAUCCGCAAAGAGCGCCGUUACAGCAGUCUCGGUCGGCACUCGAUGGAGGCAGCCGGCGCCCUGCUCUCGGCGGGCAAAUGGACAUCGCAAGCCGCGGCAGUGCACAUGCCCCAUCACACGACAACAGGCGCAUGAUGCCAAGGUUGCCAACCUCUCGUUCGCACCCCUCAGUACUACCCGCAGCGGCGCCGGAAGCGGCUGCAGCGACACCGGCUGCAUCAGGAGCAGCUGCAGCCACAGCAGGCGCAGGUUCCGUCAUUAUUGCUCCAACAGCCGCGUUGUCUUUGCCAACAUCCCCGACCACCCCAAGAGCUGGGAGGUCACUGGAGGAGUCACCGGCAAGCUCCAGCACCACUGCAUGCGGCAGCUGCCGAGCUGAUGCAGCCUUCACGCCUUGCGCCUCCUCAGCCUUCAGCAGCAGCCGCAACCCGCUAUCUAAAGUCCCAAGUGGCACAUCUUCCAUGAACACAGGCAUCGUAGGGGCGGGCUCCUUGCCGUCCUCAACCUUCCUGCCGUCCGUCCUUGGACGCAGCCCGCAGGGGCCCCGGUCAGUGAUGGCAAUGCCAUCGGGGACGACCGAGGAACGUGCGACAGCAGCAGCCAUGGGUGGUGCAGCGAGCCCUGCUGACAACUGCUGCCAGCAGUCGACAGCAGCAGUCGGAGCAUGUGCAGAGGCGGAUGGGGACGUGCCGCUAUGUGCCUUGGAAACAUCAUACCGUGGAAGCGCAUACAGGCAGUUGGCGACAUUGCUGCCGCUACAGCUGCAGCAGCCGGGCCUGCAAGCACCAGGCCAGCAAAAACGCCAGCAGCAGCCACUGCCACAGCCCCGGCAACGCUCCAGCAUCGACAUCCCUCUUGAGCGCUGUCGCGAGGAAACUCUGCCCGCUGCAGCAGAGCCUCUGCCGGCGCCUGUUGCAGUCAUCUCAGAGGUUCUGGCAUCCCUUAACCUGGUGCGCAUUUCGCUAGGUGCUAGUGCUGCUGGGUCCUCGCCUUAAUCUGGACAUGUCUCGACGGCGUCAGAAACUUGCUUGCCCUUACUGUCGCACCUGGGGACGCCAUUGUACGGCCUCUCCUGGGGAACCGAGAUAUGCUUGUUGGGCUGCGGCACUUUGCAAGGAAGAGUCACAAGACGUGUGUAGCCUGAGUCAUGGUAGAAAGCUGCCUGUUAAGCUUCCGAACGUGUGGGAGUUCCGAACAUUUAAGAGUUGGGAGAGUUGCUGCUCAAUGAACGCCUCUCGUACGCCUAGCUGGAGGCUGCAUCAUGCAGGGCACAUGCCCUCAUUGGCAGUGCGCGGAGUGGGGCUCGCUGCUCGUUACCUAGACCAGUAAGCUAGUAAGAGGCCAGGCUUGGUUUGGUAUUGCCUCGCAGCAAUGCAGCAAUGCUUCAGCAGUUGGGCUGAAAUUGUCGGUUGUUUGGUUGGCCUUUACCUGAGACGGACGCUUUUUCCAAGCUAGAGUGUGCUUCACGCACCUGUGCGUGGUAAACCCUUGACCUAGUAGAGUGACCCGCAUCCCUGCAUGCAUGGGUUCAUGUCUCCGCCCUUUUAGUUUAUUGCUAGGCAUGUUCCCCUGUCUUUAUUUCCCCCAUGCGGCUGGCAUUCUGGCCGUCGUUAAUUGAGGCAAUGGUCAAUGAGGCAUGCGUACCCCUUGUUUACCCUGCCAGCCACGUAGCAUGUGUGGCGCAAUGCAGGGUUUCAUGUAUCUGUGAAUCGUCACAUUUUCCUAAGGGUGACGACAAAGAAUUGAGUAGCUUAAGCCGUCGCCAUUUUCGAAUUAAGCUUUCGUACUAAGCACGUCGGGCUGCCAGCUGUCCUUAGCCCCGGGCGCUAGCGUUUGGGGGCCUUGCAAGCGCCGUACAACCUGCCACAACCUACUCCUGUGCGUGUGUUGAUCAGUACUUAUGGGUGCAGGCCACAAGGAGUGUAUCGUUCGUCGUGGGGCAUCUUUCCGUUUAUUGAGGCGUAUGGGUAUGCCACUCUUAGUUAUAUGUGCGUUUGCUUUCGUAAAUGUGCGUCUAGGCUAGGUGCUGUAGGUUCAUUGCUUGCAGACCAGACUAUAUUGGUGCGGUACCCAAGCCUCGUUACUGUGGCCAUGUUGCCUCCUAGCACAUGCAUGGCAAUCGCCGUUACUGGUUAUGCUUGCCUGGUUUGGAGUUUCAAAAGGGUUCAUCAUGUCAUCAUGGAUGCAAGUUGUGGCUGACGUGUAGGAGGUUCCGCUGGCUGCCGGUGCCUGAUAUUGCUCCAAGUUUUACGCCGCUCCCGAAUUUCGGGGGGCAAAGGUAUCACAUGGUGGGUCCGUACUGCACUGACUGCAACACUGACUGCACGGACCCAUGGGUCACAGCAUGUCAAUCUGGCUGGAGCAUCAUCCUGAGGACAUCUUGUCGAUUUCUCGUCGUUACGGCCUUUCCCAUUACGUACGUGUCGUACGUUACGUACGGUUGCAGAAGCUUUUUAGGGCCGAACAGGCAAUGUGUGUCCUAACUUCAUAGGCUGCCAGGGUUUGGUGUGUUGCCCUUAAUCGCCAAGUCUUAGUGCGCGAAAUUUCCCAUGCAAUGCGCGUAAGUAACUUGGCGCCUUCAGUGGGCAUUUUCUGAUGAAGACAUUAUUUGGAUUUGCGACCUGUCUGCGGGCCCCGUCUUAUACGUAGUGAGGAGAGUGCACGUGACCGCUUUGGGCGGUUAGUGCGGCUGCGAAGUGAAACCAAGUUCUCCAGAGUAGCUUUUUCUUUUGCAGCGGAAGAAGGUGCGGCAGCGUCUGUGUUCAUCUAAACUAUGCUUAAAAGUUUUAAGAUGCCUUGUCUUAAUGAGUGGGGAUGGAGAUGCAUGUGGAAGAUAUGGAUAGAAGUGGAUACGACCUCGUCAUAGACUGAGCGCCCGGUAUGUCGAGCACUUUGCUUACGAACCCAUAAUUGCCAGGGCGUUAUGUUCGGCACCUAAGAUGCAGCGCUCCGGGCUUUUGUUCGUUUGCGCGACCCCAGACGUUUAGGGCUGCAUGGCCCUUGCAGCUCUGCUGCUGAUUGUUGUUAGUUACACGUUUGUGCUUGACACCCUACAAUGAGUUUAUUGCAGCUGAUUAUUUGGGCGAAUCGUUUUGCAGAAGCAUGGCUUGCCACUUCAAAGUGUGACGCUUGUUGAGCUAGCGCUGGCGUACUCGGAAGGGAUGCUCAAGAACUGCUUUGAGUAGGCAUGCGAUUGUAGCCUCGAAGCAACGUGAUUUUCACGGCUUGCAUCAUGCGUGUGUGCAAGACGGCGCCUCUUGAUCACACAUGAGCGUAUGCAGCUAGCGCAAUACCGCCAUUAUUGGCAGUGCGUGGGAUAUGUUUCAGUUGAAAUGCCGUGCGAAUUGCCAGGUAGCAAGGAAUGCGUUAUAGUUUGCGAACCAUGGGUCUCAAGUGUGAACUGCAUCAUUUCUGAGAGGGGAAGCACGUGUCAUAUCACAUUCUCUGCAAUGAGUGGUUUGCGGUGUGCUCCUGCCGUUGCUGGGGCCCAGCAGCGAAGUGAGAAAUGCCGGCUUUCUCUGUUAAUCCUUAUUAUUACCAAUUGUCCAUCUUUCAAGGCGCCUUGAAGGUGUAGAUACCCCUUGUGAGGAAAAGCGAAGCGGCUGUGCGGCAUAGUGAAGUCUUCGUGUCCUCUUACCAAUGUCCGUAAGGACAAGAGACUUGUCUAUUAUUACUGCGCGCGGGCCCGUAUGUUUGUUUUCCAGGGCUUCAAGCAGUUGUAUUAUUAGAGCCGUUGGCUGUCUUUAAGUCGGUGCUGUGUAAGUCACGCUGUGUACGGCCGUACAACAUAUGCGGUUUGCCGUACGUACGACAUACCCUACCAUCCCUCCUGCCUGGUAGAACAAGUCAUAUUGUGCUUUGGUCUCCGGGACACAACGCUCCAUCGCUACGUUCCUGUGGCGUGAGGUUUUAAAUCAGAAGAAGGCUUGCGUUGAAGAUAAAUACCGGUAGCGAUUCAAAUUCUAAGGGCGGUUUGCCGCACAAGUGUUAUGCGUCCUUGCUGCCUUAUAGCUUCUAUUUAGCUUCUAUUAGCGUGUACUUCAAUUCAGACUUGUUACUGUUGCCGAUAUGGCAGAAUUUGUAAUGGCGAACGCAGGC